UUUCACACUUGCUCUCAAACUCUCAAGACCCUUCUCCACAUUUCACAUCCACUGUCUAUAUAUACAACAAUUCUCAAAUAUCACCCUCAUCAAUAGCUGGAAUCGAUUGUUGUAAUCUUGUUCAAACUUCGAACCCUUUUUCUUUUCGUUUCCUUUUUUCAUAAUGGCUCAAGCACUAUCAACCUCGUCACCUCUUCUACCACAAAAAACAGGGUACUCUGUUAAACAGAGGAACAAUGCUAUUGCACCCUGCAUGGCCUCUUUUCCUUCAAGGAAGGAGUUUCCAAGGGUGAGAGCUCAGGCUUCUGCUGAUAACAAAGACAACUCUGUGGAAGUGCAACAUGUUAAGAAGGGAGACCAAGGAACCGCGGUUGAGAGGAAGCCACGUAGAGCUGCAUUGGACAUUUCACCAUUUGGUCUAUUGGACCCGUGGUCACCCAUGAGGAGCAUGCGCCAGAUAUUGGACACGAUGGACCGAAUUUUCGAAGAUACAAUUACAUUCCCUGGAAGAAACGUUGGAGGAGGAGGUGAGAUCCGUGCCCCUUGGGAUAUCAAAGAUGAAGAACAUGAAAUAAGAAUGAGGUUUGACAUGCCGGGUCUUUCCAAGGAACAUGUUAAGGUUUCGGUGGAGGAUGAUGUACUUGUUAUACGAGGUGGCCACAAGAGUGAACAAGAACAAGGUGGUGGAGAUGAUUCUUGGUCCAGCAGGAGCUAUAGUUCAUAUGAUACACGUUUGAUGCUUCCGGAUAACUGCGAGAAGGACAAGGUUAAGGCAGAGUUGAAAAAUGGGGUGCUUUAUAUCACCAUUCCCAAGACCAAGGUUGAACGCAAGGUUAUUGAUGUGGAAAUUAAGUGAGGCUUAGGCUGUGUUUUGCAACACUGUAUUUUACCAUGUUUUAACGUAUAUAUACCCAUUAUAGGGGUUUAAUAUGUUGUAUGAAGUGUAGAAAAGCUGAAAUAAUUUGCUGUUGUAUAAUUUUCUCGUGAUAUCAGUUUCUUCCU